UGUCGUCGGUUGAUCAGUCUCUCUCUCUCUCUCCAGCCAAGAAGAGAUUCCUCUUCGUUGCUGCUGAAAGUCAUUGUUGGAAUUCAUUUCGCUUUACAAUCGUUUUUUGAUUGUUAUUGUAACUUGUCUAUGAUAGCAUAGACUGCGUUUUACUAUGUUGUCUUCUAUAUGGGAACAGCUGUUAUCAUGGCUAAAAAGUUUAUUCUUUGAACAAGAAAUGGAACUAGCAGUAUUGGGACUCCAGAAUGCUGGUAAAACAACCCUCGUGAAUCUCUUCGCAACAGGAACUUUUACGGAAGAUAGAAUUCCUACAGUCGGUUUCAACUUGCGAAAAGUUAGAAAAGGUGGAGUGACUCUCAAGGUUUGGGAUUUGGGAGGACAGCAAAGGUUUCGUUCCAUGUGGGAAAGAUAUUGUCGUGGUGUGAAUGUUAUUGUAUUUGUUCUCGACGCAGUUGAUAAGGAACGUUUUCAUACCGCCAAAUUGGAACUUUUAGAGAUCCUGCAGCGACCUUCUUUAGCAAAUAUUCCAUUGCUAUUUUUGGCAAAUAAGAGUGAUCUUCCUGGAGCACUUGUUAACCCACAAGAAAUUAUCCAGACAUUUGACCUAAAAUCCAUCAAGGAUCGAGAAGUCGCGGUAUAUUCCGUUUCUGCAAAGAAUCGAACCAAUAUAGAUACCGUGUUGCGAUGGUUGAUUGUGCACAACAAAAAACCUGCCAAUGUCAACAAUCAAAUGAGCAACGGCGUAUAAAUAGAAAAAGAAUCAACAAUUGCAAUAAUAAAAAUGUCGACAUGCGA